AUGACAACACCUCGUCGAAAUGGACAAAUGGCAUCGUGCGAGCCUUGCCGGAAGUCCAAACUACGAUGCGACCACCAAAGUCCCACCUGCGGUCGAUGUCUCAGUCACGGCCAGGUCGAAAACUGUUUUUACCAUCCUGCUCCAUUGACUCAGCCGGGCGCACGCGCCCCCAGGAUGAUAUCGCGGAAAACAAAGAGGCAACAACGCCCAGACAAUCAGUUGGUUUUUCGUCUUGAUCGAAUCUCCAGCUCAGCAACGCCAAUUCUGCCAUCAGAUGUACCACUGGUUACCGAGGAGGGGAAUACGUUAUGUGACCAGCAUAUCGCGCGAUGGACUGCGAAGGAGAAGCGGACUCUGGCACCGGGACUUUUAGGGCUGGUCUCCGCCAAAGAGUAUGAAGAUACCCUGCGCGUCGAAGAACCACACAGUCUACUAGAAGCGACAAUACCAACAGCUACGUAUUCACCGAGCGAUUCCAGUCAGGUGUUGCUAGGCGUUCAGAUUCUAUCACAUCUGCAGAAGAUCCGUUGGUUCUACGAGAUCAUUGAACUAAAGAACAAGAUAUCCCCGGGAUGGUUUCUGGGUCCUCCCUUGGCUCGAGCCUUGUGUGACUCCAUGGAGAAAAUGUAUGACAGCGCAGUCCGGAACUCUCAGGACACCCAUGCAUCGCUAGCCACCUUGUCCCGUCAAAUAUUUGUCAACACAUCCAAAGAUAUCCGGACACAUCAAACAAUGAAUUUGCCUGAGUAUUUCGAUUUAAUCACAGCGAGAUGGGAGACAAUUGGACUUGUCUUCGCCCUAUUGGGAACAGCAUUAUUCCAUACACCUGAUGAUGACCCGGUCUUCACACAUCGCAACCCGUGGAAACUUGCAAAGAGCAAUCUCAGAAAUACCGCAACCGCCAUUGGAGAUAUUUGUUGCCAAUUUUGCAAUGGUGUUGGAACGACUAGCGAUCCAUUUUGCUGGCUCAUGACCCAGCAACUAGUUCUCUUGACUUCGAUGUUUGGCAACAGCGAUUAUAGGGUCUGGCAAAAUCUCGGCGAUCUAUCUACCAUUGUUUACGCAUUUGGUUUGCAUCAAUCCGGUGAAGACAUCGAAGAAAACUUUCCGUUCUUCUUGGUGGAGAUACGAAAGCGAGUCAUGGUGUGCGCAUACGCAAUUGAUAAAGAGUUAGCGAUCUCUUUGGGGCGUCCCCCACGGAUCUGCUCUCGAUAUUGUAGUCUUCCGCUUCCGUUAGACAUAAGUUAUGACAAGAUGGUCCUCCCACGAAGCGAAGGAGAAAAGGAAAUGCAGAAUCUCGACGCGCAUGGUUGGAACACCGAAGGAGAUCUGACCGUUGGCGUCAGGUUGCGCGUCGUGCUACUAACGAGCUUGUUACGGGAAAAUAUUUUAGAAUUGUCUUUGAGUCCUACUACUCAACAUAUUGCAGCCAGAGUUGAGUUCGUAUCCCAUUAUAGACUUUCUUAUAUUGAUAAAGUGACUGACCAAAAGAAACCGCACAGAAAAUUGAUUCAGGAAUCCCGCCAGAUGCAAAAAGGCCUUCCCUCAUUCUUGCAAUGGUCCCCCGAAGAAGCUGCAGCAGGUGCUUACAGAUCUGCACGAGACGAAGGCCGUGCCUUCGCUCACAUAGAAUUUACGUACCAGGAGUUUCUGCUACAUCGGAUCUUGCUCAAGCGCCUUGGGAUCAACUCGCGAGGACUCAUCGAAAGCUCUUUGGAAAUAGUUACUACUCUAUUAGACAUUAUUGCCAUGCAGACCCAGUCUGCUCACUUGGUGGCGAAUAUGUCGUGGGAUUUAUGCUACAUUGGUCUUCCUGCAGCAGGAAUCCUGACUUCGAAACUGCUCUCGGAGCAUAGCCCUCAGAUAUCGAAUCUAUCACCAACCCCGUUACCUGCCAACAUUCGUUCACUUGCUAUCCAAAAGCUUAAUCUUUUUGUCUCUCAUCUGAUCUUCCUGGUACAGCCGCACGAAGGGAGUUACGAGAUUUCCCAACAAGGGGCGAGAUUUAUUCGUCGGGUGCUCGAUCGAAUUAUUUCACUUGAAUAUCCCCAACUGCCCCCGGUGACUCCGGAUAUUGAUCUGUCUGAAAGUUGGCUCGACGGUUGUGAUUUGGAUGGUAAUCUUGAUUUCAUGGCGUGGCUUGACAACAUCCACUGGGCGCAGGACCCUUUAUUAAAUUUCAACUGA